CUCCGCGCGGCUGCUGUACAUGCGGCUCUCCAUGCAGCCCAUGGUGUAGCGUUAAAUGUGGUCCUUGAACGACACGUAUCCCGUCAGGUUUUCAUGGCCUUCGGGACGUUGGAGCGCCGAUUUGUCUGGACCGUGACACGCACUUCCCGACGUGCUGCACUUAUGGUUUUGCAGUCAUAACACAAGCAUCACUUAGGAGGAAGAUGAUGCAGCGUAUCCUAACUCACGGGACACUGCGGCGGGUUGCAGUGCUCCGCCCCUUGCUGAUGGGCGUCACCGUCCCUGAGCCGCCGGCAGCCUUUUGCUGCUUUGCCCUCCGCCUGUCGCCUCCACCUGCAGGUCAGCGCUGGCUCUCAACCUCAGCCUCCAGCAAGGCAGCACAUCACCCAAAACACCAGCCUCCUGAGGAGGAACCAGAGCCCAGCGCCACUUCUCAAACACCGGUCCAGAAAGGAGAAGCUGAACCUGAGCCUGAAGUGGACCCGCUGCAGGACAAGUCCAUCGGGCUGGUCCAGAGGUUUAAGAAGACCUUUAAACAGUAUGGGAAGGUGAUGAUCCCUGUUCAUCUGGUGACGUCCUCCUUCUGGUUUGGAACCUUCUAUUAUGCUGCUAUGAAAGGUGUGAAUGUGGUGCCAUUCUUGGAGAUGAUUGGUCUACCGGAGUCGCUGCUCGAUCUUUUGAGAGACUCGUCGAGUGGCUAUGCUUUAACUGCAUAUGCCAUGUACAAGAUCGCCACCCCUGCUAGAUAUACCGUGACCCUCGGGGGCACGUCACUGUCUGUUCAGUACCUCCGCAAACACGGCUACUUAUCAACACCACCACCUGUUAAAGACUACAUCCAGGACAAAAUGGAAGAGACUAAGGAGAAACUGACGGAAAAGAUGGAGGAGACAAAGGAAAGAUUUUCAGAGAAAAUGGAGGAAACCAAGGAACGGUUCUCUGAGAAAAUGGAAGAGACUAAGGACAAGCUUUCGGAGAAACUGCAGGAAACCAAAGACAGAGUCUCUGACAGAAAUGCGUUUUUCAGAAAGAAGAGCGAUUAGUAGAUUGUGCUUACGAAUGGCGCUCUGAAUAAAUGAUCUAUCGUAAGUCUCAGCACUUAAGAGCGUAGACGUUGCACUACCUUGUCCUGAAUUUUCACCUCACAGAUCUCAGUUCUGCCCUAUCGUCCUAAUUGCCCGAACCCUGCACCGAUGCACUCUGAAGUGUAGAUUAGACGGCAGCUUAGCCGACCGUUGGCGGUGUGUUGGCUGUGCCUCAGUCGUCUCAGACUGGAUUUACACAGACUCAGAUGGUCUGGACUCUGUGGGCUGUAGGUCGUCUGCUUUAGGAGACGCUGUGUUCUCAUGUCACAUCAUAUGCAUACACAAACAGAGGACUGCAUGGGAGAGAGCAAUGCUAAUAAUCCUUGUGGCUGUCGGGAAAUAAAACUUGAAGUUCAUGGUUUCUGUGUGUACUAGUCUGUCAAGGCCUUUCUGAAGGCUGGGUAUCACCUCGUGUCUUUUAUAAUGUAAUGAGAGAGAAAUUAAGUUUUUCUAAUGUAUUUUUAUCUGAUAGCCAAAGCUAAUAUAUGACAUUAUGUUGGUGUCUGUACCAGCUCAUGUAACGAUCACAAGUUGUAUAAAUGUCCAAGACAUACGAGUGUUAUUGAGGCAGACGUCGUCAUAAUCCAUGUCAGUUUACAUGUGAUGGAUGUGUAGUCGAUACAUGUAAACACACAACAUCAACAAACAGCAGACGCAUAAAUACAUGAAAUGGAAGUGUUAACAGUGUCAGUUUCAAAAUGUCUUUGGUACUUCAAUGGACAAAUGUAAUUGUCAGAAAAUGAAGCAGGUUUAAUCCAACUGAAUAAACUGAAACGCUAAUGA